AUGAGGUGGAAAAGUACACAAGAUUCAUCGAACAGAGAUUUGAGUUGUUUUUUUUCCCAAGGAAAGUCUUUUAACUUUGUCUUCUCAGUUCUUCAUCAUUUACUUAAUGCCUGUAUUCCUAACAUAAAUCUUGGCAUUUUACUUGUCAUAGAUAUCACUGAGCUGAACUUACCUGAUUCUUGCAACAUAACAUUCCCCAAUGGCAAGGACGACUUGAUGAAUUUUGAGAUCUCAAUUAAGCCUGAUGGAGGGUAUUACAAAGAUGGGACGUUCUUGUUCUCUUUCGAAGUUCCCCCUAUCUAUCCACAUGAUGCGCCAAGGGUUAAGUGCAAGACCAAGGUCUUCCAUCCCAAUAUUGACUUGGAAGGAAACGUUUGCCUCAAUGUCUUGCGAGAAGAUUGGAAACCUGUGCUGAAUAUUAACACUAUCAUUUACGGAUUGUAUCAUCUCUUCACGGAACCAAAUUGUGAGGAUCCCCUCAAUCAUGACGCUGCUGAUAUGUUGAGGGACCAUCCACAUGUGUUCGAGGCAAAUGUGAGAAUGGCUUUGGAAGGUGGGUAUAUUGGGGAUGAAUAUUUCGAAUCGUGUAUGUAAAUGCCACUAUGGUGGUGGGUUGUAACAUUUAUCUGCUAAUUCUAAUUUUCAAGUUAUGCUUUUGCUGUAUUUUCCUGGAAGGACCUGGAUUCCUUAAAAAAGACCAACCACUUAUGAUCCCAAAAAAAGCACGGCUUACCUGUUAAACUAUGUUGAUGUCAUUUCUGUCUGUUGGCAUGUGAUAUGUUAUUAUCAUUUUCAAC